AUGGGUGUCAAUGGCUCAGUCAGCCGUCUCGCUUCUGGCCGCCCAUCAACCGUCCAAUCCCCGACGAUCUGCCUACCGCCGAGUUCGAAGAACGCUCGGUGUCACUACCUGUGCAAGCGGCGCAACCCAACGAAAUAUUCGAAUCCCGUCCAUCAUUCAUUCAGUUUGGUUCGGGUAGUUGCCUUUCUACACCGAUUCGGACACAAUGCUUCGCCUCAAAACCGAACUGACCGGAAGGUCGGGUCUCUCAGUACCCUGGAGCUGAAUAACGCUACGAAGACGCUGGUAAGGAUUGCUCAGCACGAAUCGUUUGGGAAAGACAUUGCCGAAAUCAAGUCAAAGGGACACGUCAGUUCACACUCCGCUUUGAAAACUCUCGCUCUUAUCCUGGUCGACGGGAUUCUUCGUGUAGGUGGUCGGCUGCGUCACGCAGCUAUCUCCGAGGACAGGAAACAUCCUAUGAUCCUACCAGCCCGACACAUACUCACCGAACGUAUUCUGGUUCACUAUCACCAGAAGCAGCUACACGCUGGUCCACAACUGCUGGUAGCCUGCGUACGGGAGAAGUUUUGGCCUCUACGAAUCCGAAAUUUGGCUCGGAAGGUGAAGCAUUCCUGUGUGAAUUGCUUCCGCUGCAAGCCCACAAAUCUCAAGCAACUGAUGGGAGACUUACAACCCGAGAGGGUGACGCCAACUCUGCCAUUCUUGAGCACGGGAGUGGAUCUGUGUGGACCGUUCCAGUUUCGUAAGUUGCCUAGAACCUCUCCAGUAAAAUGCUACGUGGCAAUUUUCGUUUGCCUUGUUACAAAGGCUGCCCACGUGGAACUCGUGUACGAUCUCAGUACAGCCGCAUUUCUAGUGGCGUUGCACCGAUUCGUCGCUCGCAGAGGAAGGCCCAAACUCAUUGAGUGCGACAACGCUACAAAUUUCAAAGGAGCAGCAAGAGAACUGGCACAACUACGAAAGCAGUUCUAUGAUCAGCAGCACCAGACAGAAAUAAUCUCCAGCUGCGCCGAUGACGGCACCGAGUUUAGAUUCAUCCCACCCCGUAGCCCCAACUUCGGGGGCUUGUGGGAGGCGGCGGUAAAAUCGUUUAAGAAGCAUUUGCGGGCCACGAUUGGAAAUUCGGUGCUCUCCCAGGAUGAGUUCGUGACACUGCUAGCACGUAUCGAAGCGUGCCUGAAUUCUAAGCCAUUAACGCCCCUCUCGGCUGAUCCCAAUGACCUGGAGGUGUUGACUCCGGGACAUUUUCUCAUCCACCGACCGCCCACCGCCUUUUCUGAGCCGAACCUGUCCGAGGUACCCAGCAACCGUCUCGACCGUUGGCAACGCAAUGUUGAGCAGCAAGCACCAAAGACCAUCACCUUGCCGUAA